UGUCCAGCAUGGUGAUGAAUCAAGAGGAAUCACCGGGCGACUCUCGAGCGGGGCGACCGCCUGUUAUCUUCAAUCCAGACUUUUUUGUGGAGAAGCUGCGCCACGAGAGCCCGGAGGUGUUCCUGGAGCUGGUGCUCAGCAACAUCACUCGCCUCAUCGACCUUCCCGGGACCGAGUUCUCCCAGCUCCUCGGCGAGGAGAGUCCCAAGACCCCGACGGGGGGGAACGGAGGCUUCUUCCGCUCUUUCAACUUCCUCAAACGCAAAGAUAAGGACGCUGUGUUCGGAACCCCGUUGACAGAAGGCUGCAUCGCUCAGAUCUACCAGCUCAUCGAGUACCUCAGCAAAAACCUGCAUGUGGAGGGUCUGUUCCGGGUCCCGGGGAACAGCGUGCGGCAGCAGACCCUGAAGGAGCUUCUCAACAGCGGAGCCGACGUGGACCUGGCCUCUGGAGACUUCCACCCCAACGACGUGGCCACGCUGCUCAAGACCUUCCUGGGAGAGCUGCCCGAGCCACUGCUCACACACAGACACUUCCAUGCACACCUUAAGAUAGCUGACAUGACCCUGUUUGACGAGCAGGGCAACAAGACCGAGGCGCCCAACAAGGAGCGUCAGAUCGAGGCCCUGCAGCUUCUCUUCCUGCUGCUGCCUCAGGCCAACCGCUCGCUGCUCAAGCUGCUGCUGGACCUGCUGUACUACACAGCCAAGCAGCAGGACAAGAACAAGAUGUCCGCCUUCAACCUGGCCCUCAUGUUCGCGCCGCACGUCCUGUGGCCACGACACAUGACGGCCGGGGACCUGAAGGACAACCUGAAGAAACUGAACAGCAGCAUGGCCUUCCUCAUCAAACACUCACAGAAACUCUUCAGGGCUCCAGUUUACCUGCGGGAUUAUGCCAGAGUGCACUUCGCUGGGACCAAGGCUCUUCAGACCAAGGACGAUCUGGAGCUGCUGGCGGCGAGGAGCUCUCCGGCCCGGCGUGCCGUGCUGCCCCUGAAGAGGACGGCUGCUCCGGAGACCUGCCAGUCCCCGGCUCAGCAGUACACAGAGGAAGCCCUGAAGGACCUCUUCAGACACGUCCACCACAACAUGCCGGACUCCGCCAAGAAAAAGAAGCUCGUCCGACAGCUGGUCAAACAGACAACGACAGGGACGCCGACCAACGAGCCCCAGCAGGCGCCCAUAGCUCCCAGCAAGAAACACCCCCGCUCACGGUCGUUCGGCGGCCUCAUCAAGCGUAAAGCCCGAGCGGAGCAGCUGACGGAGGACAGGCGGGUCCGGCACAUCUCCCCCGACGCCUUCAACCGGCCUGGAAGGAAAGCUGGGAAAGAGAACGUCAUCCUCCAAGGGGUGAACAGUCCAUUAACUGGUCCUGUGCUGGGGAAGCUGGGACUGAUGGUAAAAAACCCAGACUUUACUUUUACAGAGAACAAGGCUCUGAAGGUUUCCAAGGCCUCUCCCCCCCCAGUGACCAGGAUGUGUUUCUCUCCUGCUCAGGAGAUCUCCUUGUAAACCCGACCCCUUCCUCUCACCUCAGACCGGACUAGUUUAAUUAACCCUCGUCUUGUGUCAUUGUGUUUUCAUUGUAGUGAGUCUGAUUUAACUGUGAGUAAUAUUCAGCAGAUUUAAGCCAGAGCAGCUGAACCAAAGUCAGCCACUGGGUUCACUUCACCACUGAACUUAACUGGUACCAGCAGCUUUUAUUCUACAUGCUGUUGAUCGAAGGAUGGUGAAGAAAAUUCAAUGUUUGAUGGUUUUAAAUGUUUGUUUUUUUGGGAUUCUGAUUUGAAAUUGGGCCAAAAUCAACAAUCUGGAAUCAUCAGCUGCACUUAACAGGGUUUCUCAUGUUUUAUAUGGUAAAGUUCGUAUCUAAUACUAUCUUUAGAUGCUACAGACGUUAAUAUUCUUUUUGAUAAUUUAAAUUUUAGACCCCACAGUGCACUUCUGAUGGAGAUCCAGUACUUUGAGAAUCAGUCUGACGUCAUUUCAAAUCAAUUUAGACAUUCUUUUCAAGCAUUUUGUUUGUUUUUAAUUUGGAAAUAAUAAUUCAACAAGUGUAAUGACAACCAAACGGUUUGUUGCUGCGACUUGAGAAAAAGAAAAAUGGAUGAAUAUCCUGUUACAGCACGAAACGUUUAUUGUUCUCAUGAUGUUUUUCACGUUUUACCUGUUAUAACAGUAUAUUUUAACAUUAUUAAGACAUAAAAACGUAUGAAAGAUAUUAAAUUACAGUUCUGAUCUAAUCAACAACGAUUGAUCUGAAGCAGCUUCUUCACUUUGGUUCUUUGCUCUGGCUCGAAGCUGCUGAGUCAGAAUCACCGGCCUGUAGUUAGCAGAGCUCCCAGUUUACUGGAGCAGGUAGAAUAUGUAUAUAAAUCUUUAAUAUGUGUGUGUGUGUGUGUGUGUGUGUGAUGUGCAUGUUCUGAAAGUUUUUACACUUUAUUCUUAUGGGAACUGUGAUGAGCGCUUUGGGUACUUCACUUGGGUGAAAGAUGUCUCAGGAUUGUGCUGCUGAUCUGGAAUCAGCUGGAUUUGAAUUUUUCAAACAUCUCCUCCUGAUGUGAAAAACAAUAACUAAUAAUCAUCUUAGCGACUCCCACGGACUGGGAUCCCUGUGAACCUGUCAAAUAUGAAACUUUCCCUGAACAUCUCGAGGAGCUUUUUAAUUUAAUUUUGUAUUUUUUUUUUAAACUGCAGCUGGUGAUGGAGUCAUUUGUCUUAAUUUGAACAAAAGUGCUUGAGGGUUUUGUUUCUGUUGAAAUGAAAGGGUUUUAUGUUUUUACAUAAGCAAUCUGUUACAGAGAGGAAGAGUCUUCCUCAGAUGAAGAGUCUUCCUCUGUGUGUGCAUGUUGUGUUCUAUCGAAGGGUGAUUGUGUUACGAAGAAGAGUCUGAGUGAAGUAAGAAAGGAUUGCGAUGUGAUUGGACGGCGUCACCUGGUUGUUUUAUUGAACACGUCACGUUCAUGUGUUGUGAUAAAACAUGCGACUGUUACAGAUUUUGAUUUCAUGUGUUUCAUCCCGAACAGAGAGUUUUUCAGGAUUGUGUGAUGAAAGGGACAUUAAGUCAUUUACAGGAUGAAUCUUUGAUUUUUGGAGAGACAUGAUGAUUCUCCCCCAAAACUAAAAAAUAAGAGCGUCUAUAAGGAAUUAACACAACUGUUCAAUUAGUUGAGUUAAAGAUCAAUUUGGAAUAUUUUCUCAUAUUAUUUCACUAUUGAGCAUUAACGGUUUACAUGUAAAUGCAGGAAUAGGUUUUCUGUGAUGUUUAACACCAGAAAACUUAUUUUGUAAAAGUGUUACUUAAUGUCCCUUUUAUAUAUUUUGAACUAUAUAAUUAAUAGUUUUAAAUGUAUUGUUCUCAGAUCCUCGACUUCACUGUUCAUGGUUUGACUUGAACUGAGUCAGUUUGUUGUAUCGUCAGUUCGGAUGCACCAGAGUUUCCAGCACCAGAGAAAUACACUUGUUUUUAUUUUCAGCCUUUUUUUCUAAACACUCCAGUGCUGGUGGUUGUCCACUGCCUUGCUCAGUGGCACCUCGGCAACAUCCUGCUGAACCCAGACCAGCUCUGUGUUCAGUUUUUUUUUUAUAAAACUUUAAAAAGGUUUGUUUUUCCUCAUGGUUCUAAUUGUGUAUUUGUUUUGAAAUGUGUCUGUGCUGCUGAGUGUGCGUCUGGUGCAUCCGGUGGUUGAAGGUUUUGUGGAUGUUGUAUCGAUGGGUUUGUGGAAGUGAAGAAGUGGGAACACGUGGCUGAAACGUCCUCUACAGAUAAACACUACAGAUUUACUUUCUUUCUGUUUGGACUGAAUUCUUCCCGGAGGAGAAACAAGCUUUUGAACUGAGACGUCUCCUUGUCUCAGUUUCCUCUUCUGACGAUUCCUCCUCAUCAGUUUUUCGGCUCUCUGCAGUUUGACGAGCCAGUUUUGAGGGAAGGUCAAAUUGUUUUUCUCUUUUAUUUAUUCCUCUUACAACUGUGAUUAUUUAAAAUAACACGGAGUUUGCAUGUCUGUGGUAUUUUCCUAAAAAUACUUAAGUGACACUGUUUUUUCUUUUUGAGUCAUUUUCUCCUCUGUUUCCCUGGAGCUGUUCUUUCGGUGACUUCAACAUGAAUGUGAAACAGGAAGUUCCUCUGCUUGUUGUGACUCGUCUCUGAGUUCCUGUGCACGCUGUGAAAAUGAAGACCAACACUAAAUAUCAGGGGGACAUGUGUACAUUUAAAAACUCCCCCCGACCAGCGUCUGAUCUGUUUGUUUACUGAGACAAUAAGAUGUUGAAAUGUCAGUUUGACUUUGAACUGAAACUCCCUGAUGUCCUGAUGAGCUCAUGUCAGUGACUGUUGGCCCAUGUGGUUCAAACUGUGGUAACAUGUUUGUCUGUUUUUAUUUUUUUAGUGUAAAAUAAUUUAACCCUGUAAAUUGGAUUCCUUGGCAAAUGCUCCGCUUUGGAUUAAACCUUUUUUUU